AUGGAAAUCUUGCCUCCGUCAGAUGACCCGCCGAUCGACCCGAGCGAGUACCCUGUGGUUCCAACCCGAACGCCGCUCGCAACCCUGGAAUCCAUGCGUACGUUAUGCGUUCGUGGUGAUAUCCAACAAUUUCGGGAGAAUCUUGACGCAAUAAGCUCCUCGCCGGGGGAUUUUGAUAUAUGCGAUUUUUAUACGGUCAUGCUUCUUGACCGCGGGUUGCCCAUGGACCCGAUCUAUGCCUCGCAAGCAGUACGAGACAAGGCAAAAGAUGCCUUGACUGUUUUCAUCCAGAGAGGAUGGGACAUUAAUCAACCGAUGAGCGAGCUUAAGCCUCCUGUGCUAGGUAAUGCCAUUAACGAUGAGAUGACAGCUUGGCUCCUCGAUCAUGGUGCUGAUCCUAAUCGAAGAUGUUUUAUUGAUCUUACUCCGCUCUCCUUUGCUGUCGAAUGCGCCACUGUUCCCAUAAUUGACCUAAUGUUUUGCCAUGGCGGAGACGCUCAAAAAGGCCAGCUCCUCCAUCACGCACUCGAACGGCAACCGGAUACCAUCGAAGUCUUGAAGAUUCUGAUGAGAAAGGGCGCACCCAUUAACUCUUGCGCGCACGAAGAUUAUCCCUCCUGGGCACUAUUCCACUUCAUGGGCCUUGGCACAGCUCUACACAAAGCAGCUGAACUGGGUAAGGUGGAUGUAGUCCGCUACCUGCUCAGCGAAGGCACUGACCAGAGUAUCCGAGACGCAAAUGAUCGUACCGCCUUGGACUGCGCGCGAAAGGCAAACCAGUGGCAAGUCAUCGAGGUUCUAGAGAAGGGGAGCUAGCUUGUUUCUUCAGUGCUGGGAGGCGUCCUUCAUGAACCUGUUUUCAGUUGCGUAAAUUCAAAUUCUCAAGAACAAGUUGUGGACAGAAAUUCCACCAGUGGUACCACUCAUUUGUGAGGCUUAAUGGAGACCUGGCUAGCGGCA